GGAACAGAUCAAGGAGAUGGUGACGACGCGCUGGCAUGCAGAGCUCUGGAAGCCAAAUUCCAAUUUGCUUGUUCAGCUUGUUCAGCAACAGAAGGCCGCCAUUUUCUGCAGCAAGGAGACGAAGUCUGUGCUAGGAGAGGCCCUUGACUCGCCUAGAGGGAAGUAACGAACCAAGCAACCAUGGCAGAGGUGCAUGCAUCGAGGCCUGUGGCAGCAGCACCGGCAUCGUCCCAUGCUACAGAGGAGAUGAAAUCGGCGGUUCACAGUAUCAACCCGCCGAAGCAAAAGAAUGUCCACAAGGCGCUUGGAGGAGGCCAGCUGGCUGAUGUUCUGCUCUGGAAGAACAUGUAUCUCAGCGGAGGGAUCUUGGGAGGUGUAUUCUUUGCGUACAUCCUGUUCGAGUGGUCCGGGUAUACCCUUCUGUCGCUGAUCGCGAAUGUGCUGCUCAUCCUGGUUUCGGCGCUCUUCAUCUGGUCAUAUGCAGCUUCUCUGCUGAACAGGAACCCUCCUCCCCUUCCGAAGCUUGAACUAUCAGAGGAACUUGUAGACUCGAUCGCGAAGGAGCUGCGCGUCACACUGAACCAGGGUCUGAAACUUGCCCAUGAUGUUGCUCUCGGAAGGGACUAUAUCCUGUUCUUCAAGGUCAUCCUGUCGCUGUACGUGAUCUCGACUGUGGGCUCGUGGUUCAACCUGCUGACUCUCGUCUUCCUAGUGGUCCUGAUUGGGUUCACGGUGCCAAAGUUCUAUGAGCAGUACCAUGGUGAAGUGGACAAAUACAUCAAGCUGGCUGGAGAUGAAGCGAGGAAAUACUACGCAAUUGUUGAUGAGCAGCUUUUGAGCAAGAUACCACGUGCUGGUGCCAAGACCAAGAAGGUGGAGUAGGAUGCUGCAGGACGAGGGGAGGACGUGUACAUACGGUUCGUUCACUGAUAUUUUGCAGCGCCUUUCCGCAAUGAAAACCCUCCCGUAGGCUUUAGAAAACAGAAUGCAGGUCACAAUAUAGGGUCUCAAAUAAGUCUUCGUUAUGCUUUCAGUUGGUGGACACGGAACUUUUGGGGUGACGGAUUGUUGACCUGUUUAUGCGAUAGACUUGCUCACAGAUAUAUGGCACAUUAGCAAUGCGUCAGUGCUUUCGUCACAUGGUCAGGGUAGAUGACAGGGGCGUUAUUCCCUUUGACAAGUGCAUCAUGUAAUCUGCAUCAUUCUGGAUGCACAGUGUGUUACACUGUCUCCCCUUUGUAAGGAAGCACGAGAACACUAGCUAGACAGCUUUUGGCUCAGACCUGCAAUCCAAAGCCGUUUUGUCGCUUGGGCUUCUCCA